AUGGAUACAUGGUGUUCUAAAUUGGACCUAAGAAGAAGCACGAGAGAGAUUCUGGAGAUAAUUGAGAAGGCUAAAGCCGAUAAGGGGCUGUCAUUUCCGAUACCGGAGGGCCUGGUGAUGGACCCGUUGUCACCCACAGCGCUUGCAGUCCCGAACCACAUAAUGGACCGCAUUGGCAGUGGGCUAACCCUGCUCAGGGAGCACGGGAAGAAAGUUCAAAAGUAUCUGUUGAAAAAUAGAAAGUUUGAAGUUCUGAAGAAAUCAUGGAAGUCAAUAGUCAACAUCGUGUUGGUAGAAGCCAAAGACUUGCCAGUUGGAAAUGAUACAUCCAAUGGCCUUUAUUGCAAAUUCAAAUUGGGUUCGGAAUCACACAAAUCGAAACAAGUACACAAAUCGAAACCAGUAUGGCGGGAACGAUUCAACUUAUUCCUAUACGACGAAGACACGCUGGAAGUCACUGUAUGGCAUAAGGUGAAACAGAAAAACUUUAUCGGAAGAUGCGUCAUCGACUUGUCGCAGUUGGAGAAGGAGAAGACCCACGAACUCUGGCAGGACAUAGAUUGUGGGUUCGGCUCUAUUCACAUGCUGGUCACGUUGAGCUGUUCUGAUAGAAAUUUACCCUUAGACAGUAUCCCCUCAUCAAACUGUAUUCGACAUGAACCGCCAGCUGAUGAUCAAUUCCAAUGGUAUCGCUUUGACAAUGGUUGGAGUGAAGUCGGUCAAUUGUCAUUAACACUUCAUGGCGCGAAAGGGUUAAGUGCCAUGAACUUAAGCGGGAAUGUCAACGCAUACUGUAUCCUCGAAUUGGAUAACGCAAGGGUACAAACCAAUACGAUUCGAGGCACUUCAGAUCCGGAAUGGGAUAAAAGCUUUGUUUUUCCUAUUAAGGAUAUAACAUCUACAAUCGACAUAGCAGUCCACGAGGAGUCAUUAAUUCAGUCAAUGAAGGGUGAAACGUUGGGUAAAAUAUCAAUACCAUUGUUGAGAAUAAAUAAUAAUGAGAAGAGAUGGUAUGCCCUCAAAAAUAGAUCUAAAAAGAGCAGUGCGAGAGGGAAUUGUCCCAGGAUUUUAUUGGAAAUGUCCAUUGUAUGGAAUCCGAUUAAAGCGUCUAUGCGUCUAUUGAGACCAAAAGAAACGAAAUAUAUACAAAAACCGCCUAAGUUUGAUAUUCCACUUAUUUAUAGUAAUUUAAUAUUUAUUAAACAUAUAUUUAAAGUAUUUCAAAUGGGAAAUGAUCAUUUCAAGAGAGUAUUCGAAUGGGAGAACCAAGAGUUAUCAGCAAUGGCGCUUGGGGGCUGGCUGAUGUUCUGGUAUUUCUUCAGAUUGUGGAUGACUCCGCUAAUACUCCUAUUACCAUUUAUACAUUACUGGCUUGUACGAAGAAAUACCCCAGUUCCUUUGUGCCAGACAGCUGAUGAUGACGAUUCGGACGACGAAACGGAAACACAAAAGGAUGACAAAACAAUCAAAACGAGAAUAAAUGAGUUACAGGAUCUGACACUAACUAUUAAGAACGGGAUUGAUUAUAUCGUGUCGCUUUUGGAGAGGUUACACAAUUUGGUAAAUUUCAGUGUCCCGUAUAUAAGUUACUUAUUCAUGCUCGCGCUGGUUGGGGCCUCUAUCGCCUUCCUGCUGAUACCGGUGAAUUAUUUGUUCAUGGCUUUUGGUAUUUAUAAAUUUGGUCGCAAGUUUAUAAACCCAAAAAGAGUGCCGAAUAACGAUAUUUUGGACUUUAUAUCGCGGGUGCCUGAUAAUCAGAUGUUGAAACAAUGGCGCGAGCUGAAGGUUCCUGAAGCAGCAGAAGGUCCGUCAGACCCGGAAAAGAGACGAUAG